AUGCCCAGGCAGCCCGUCUCUGAAGAGUCCUCCGUCAAGUCCUUCUGCUGCAGUGACUGCUCGCUCGUCUUCCCCUCCAAGGUCUCCCUGUUUCAGCACGUGAGCCUUGAGCAUGGACAGUCUGACGAGGACGACGCCGAAAGCAACAGGGCGGAAAGUAUUACUUUAUGUCACAGUUGUGGUUUUAUUGCUCGUAGCCAGGAUGAGUUAAACGACCAUGAGAAACAGUGUGGUAAGAAGCCGGAGAAGCAAAAUCAGACAGGGAAUCCUAUUGUUCCCGGAAGCCAUGAGAGUGGAAUAGGAGCAGUCAUGUCUACCUCAAAAUCUCCAUGCAUGCUUAACUCGUCGAAGGAUCUGAAAACGUACAAGGGGCCGCUGCAGAUGCAAACGAUCACUAAAUUCUUAACGGCACAACCUCGACCGCCCUCGGUGAAGUCAGCCGAGAGCCCGGUGUCCCUGAGCAGCAGCGCCACAGGAACCCUGCUCCUGCAACAGUCUCCCUCAGACCUCAGCCCAAACAGCAGCGGUGUGUUUAAAGUCACCGCAAUGUCCGCCAUCGAUAUGACUUGCGCCCCUUCGAAUAACUGUAUGGUAGAUAAUCACUUCUUAAUAUCCGAGCUGAGAUCUCACAAGCCCAAGGGACAAUCCAAUGACCCAGUUUAUGAAAACAGCAGGAAGAGGAGCAGCCGGGGACGCUGGGAGAGUCAACUGGCUAAAAAAACUAAGACGGACGAGGAGGAGACAGAACUCCCAGGGAACGAGGACGCAAGUAAACCACCGCCGGGCAGCACUGACUUUUCUUUUGAAAUAAGCGACGAUGAACAAGAAAAGAAGGUUAAGCUCCGCAAUAGAGACGUGGAAAUCCCAAACACUUAUUUUUGUAAACACUGUGACUACAGUGAUGCUGUCAUCAGACUCAUGUCCUUCCACUACCAGAACGACCACCCUUACAUCAGAUGCAGCGCCACGUACAUUCAGGAUCCCAGUGACCAGAGCGUCACCUUCCGCUGCCUGGAGUGUCCCAUUGAGUUUUUAGCGGAAGCCCAACUCCAGGGACACUACACUGAAAAACAUCCAGACGCCCCCAAAGUAUUCAUGAUGCAUUCAUGUGAGCUGGUUUACAAAUGUUUUGUGUGUAAGUUCAUCAGCAAUGAAUUGAAAGCCCUGACGGAACAUUACAAAGAGGAGCACCCGACACAUAAAGCGGAUGAUUCCCUGUUGUACUGCAAAUAUACAGCGCCCGUGAGCCAAGAGGGAUCGUCAGAGUUGAACACGUGCAGGAAAACGCACAGCCCAGAAACAUCGGGGGGGAUUUCUCCAAAGAACGCAGAUGCACAACCUGAAGAAAUCAAAAGUGCCCCUUCGCCCCUACACACCACCUCCAGUAGAGAGGAUGUGGUUUUGUAUCAUUGCAGCAGCUGUAUAUUUAGUCAUAAGUCAGCGGUCGGUAUGCAUGUCCACUACCAGAAAAAACAUCCAGACGAAAUGGUCACAAUCAACAAAAUCAAACAGUCGGCUUCUGUCUCAUCGCAAACAUCAUCCCAGGCGACAGCUGAGAGUUCAUCGAAUGUAAUGGAGAACUCUGUGCCUCAAAGAGACGCCUCCGGUUCCCCGGAAACGGAAAAAAGCAAAGCUGAGGUGUCGCAGGAGAAGUUUUCAUCGCCUUUAACGUCUCCGAAGAACACAACAGACACUUCUAAGACUCAUUCUGAGUCUCCCAAAAUAGAGAAAGUGAAGACUGAAGCAGACGCAAAGAUAACAAAGAGACCCCUUAGCAAAUGGAACAGGGAGCUGUCCUCUGGAAUCGACUGCUCAUCCUCCAGCUCACUCGAUAAAACGUUUUACUGCCAGUUCUGCACCUUUUCAAAUACCAACAUCAGAAGCGUCGUUGCUCAUCAUAACAUGAAACACGUUGAGCACGGACUAACGGGCACUGAGGAGGUCUGGUGGUAUAACAACAAGUUGCAAAAAAAGAAACUGCAAAGUGAAGCCGAGACCUCAACGGGUGCUGAGUCCCCUCAUUCUAAAUCUAGUGAAAGAGUCGAGGGGUGGAAGGAAAGAAAACGUCGGAAUGAAGAAACUACCUCCAAGACGGUUAAUCCCUAUGAACGUGUAGAUGACUUGUUUUACUGCCAAGUGUGCAACUCUGCAAAUGUCAGUUUAAAGGGAAUUAUGAGCCAUCAAACCAAGGUUCACACGGACCUGUCUGCAAGGCAUGAACCUAUAAUUAAACACACAGCUCUGAUUCGUGCUGAUAUCAAAAGGUCUCAGAGGAAGGACUCCUCAUCUUUUCGUCUACCUCUCCCGCUCAUGAAUGAAGGCGACAUGGACUGUUUUUUCUGCCACUUUUGCAACUACAGACAUAAUUCCGCCACCCAAGUAUUGAGGCAUUACAUGAGCAGACAUCCUGGGUUUAAGAUUAAGAACCACCAAAUCCUGCAAUACACUUCUACGCUUUUCAAGCAGAUGGAGGAGGAGUCGCACCCGGAAACGUCUGCAAGCCGAGAAGAUAGUCAGGAAAAAGUGACUAAAAAGAAAAAAGUAAAAACACUGGCUAAGUGCUCGUCGGCCUCGGUGUCGGCCCCACAGACUCAGAGGACCCUUAAGUGCUACAGAUGCACGUACAGCUGUCAGACCGUGAGUCUGCUGAGGAGGCACAUGUUGAAAGUUCACAAGACAAAUCGCAGCAUAACUGAUAUUUUAAGAGUGUGUUAUAGACAAGGGAUGUUGGAGUCGGGUUAUCACUGCGACAGGUGUGUUUUCUUUCACAAGAGUGCAGCAGUAGUGUUUCAGCACAUCCAGCAACAACACCCAAAUCGUAAAGCCAGUCUCGAGUACGUUUCCACCAGAUUGUAUGUCGGCCCCGAUUCAUUUAUUCCUAAACGGAAAGAAAAGCAUAAAAAGACCCACACCGGUGAUGGGAGAGCUGGACAAAGUGAGACUAAGAGGUUUUCGUGCAAAGCGUGCUCAUUUAUAGGAAACUCAAUAUCAAGUAUCACAAGCCACUGUUCUGCUGUGCAUCCCUGGUCCGUGAAAGACAACAGCCCCGUCCUGAAAAUCAUCGCCAGCAAGAAGUCAAGUCCCCAGAUUGCGGACGACCACACAGAAAUCCCAGAAUCCUUUGACAGCUACCAAGUUCCUCUUGGACGCAGCGACUCACCCGACUCAUCUGAUGAAGCUGCAGAUUGUUCCAACUGGUUCAAGUGCAAACAUUGCACUGCAUGGUUUAGUACCUGGCACGGUCUCAACACUCACAGUGGAAUGAAACACCCAGACGCUCAAAUUGAUGGGACAGCACACGUGCAUGUCUUCAAAUGUCCGCACUGUCCUUACAUCAACGCCAGCUAUCAUGGAGUUAUAACUCACUGCCAGACAAGCCAUCCUGACUCUGAGUCCAGUGCAGACAGUCAUUUCAUGGAUGAAAUGCAUCUACGCAGCUGGAACCAGUCUUUGACUAAAAAAGGUUCGGAUGACACUAAAAGAUUCAGCGGCUACAUUUGUGAAACUUGCCCUCAAAUCAGUGCAACUCUGAAGAAGCUGAACAAGCACUGUGAGACAGAGCAUAAUCAGACUGAUCCGAACACCGUGCUCAAACCGUCAGCUGCAAGGAAACGACACCAACCUCACACCUACAGCUCUCUAGGAUCAGUGUCAAAAGCUUCUGUCCUGCAGAAGAAAAAGUAUCCAGUGAUUAAGUGCCAGGUCUGCAGUUAUAAGUGCAGCACAAAAAUUGGGAUCGCUCGCCACACGCGUUUGAACCACAGGCAUUCCUCCUAUAGACAGGAUUUUGUAUUCAAGUGUGCCUUGUGUCCGAAGUUGUACUCCGCAAAAAGACAUCUUGCACGCCAUUAUACAAAUAAACAUGGAAAGCAUUCCCUCUCAAAAUACUUUGCACCAGUGUACCAGCAGGUCAAAGCGCUAAAGUCCCCUGACUGCCCUUCAACUCAGCAACCUGAGAACACGUCUGAGUCUAGCGCAACAAGAGAAGACGGAAAGAUUAUAGUGUUUAAGUGUCCGGCCUGUCCCUAUGUGAACUCUAGCUACCAUGGAACGCUCACUCACUGCCAAAUGAUGCAUCCUACUCUCGUAGUCAGAGCAGACAGACUUCAAACGGACACAAUUCUCGAAAGCCAACUGGUCCAUAGUUGGACGGGAAAAGGUUCAAAGCAUAAAGGGUUCAUGUGUAAGAGAUGUCCACUGAUUUAUGCAUCGUUGUCACAACUGGAGGUCCAUCGUGAGAUGAGCCACGGGCAGGCCCAACCCGCAGCUUCUGAACCUUCAGUUGAGACUGAAACUGAAAAACAGCCUGAUCACAGCUCAGGGGGCUCAACAUCAGAGGAUUCCUCUUUAAAAAUCGAAUCAUCCCCAGUGAGUACCAUAAAACCUGAACACGAUCAACAGCUAGUCUCUCCUGAAAGCCUUCACGUGUCCUUGCAAAACAAGGAAAUGCUGUACGAGUGUGACUUGUGUUCCUACGCAGGAAUAUGUAGAAAGUACCUGCACUGUCACUACAAAAACAUGCACAAGAUGGAUGGAUUGAGCAUAUCCAAGCAGCUGGAGAGGUAUAACAAGCGUAAACACCUCAUGCCCAAAGUUCCAUCUGAAGAAAGUGUUCAUUGUAAGAAGUGUCCACAGUUAUUGUUUGACACAUCCCAGCUGCUCAUUGUCCACUACACCAACUUUCACAGCUCCAACUUUAAAAUGGACUUUACAGUGUUAAAGCGAAUAACAAAAGUUAACCCGGGAGUCUUCAAGUGUGACCACUGCAGCAAACACGUAGUUGGAAUCAGGAAGCUGUGUCACCACCUGGAACGCCAUGAAGCAGCGAUGAAGACAACAGCGAUGGAUGCAAAGCCAAGGGCAUCAGUUGCCAUGCCGACAACACCAGAGACCCCAACCAAUGAAAUCUGCCGACAAGACGAGCCGCCCAUGUUCGAACCCGAGCAGGACCUGACUCACUGGAAUGUGACGCCAGUGAAGACGUUAACUCUGCAAACGGGUUCUCUGCCGUCGCCUUCAGGACUCACGGAUCCAGAGCUGCCGGAGGAAUCGAUGGAGGACAAACGCACCUGCCGACAGUGUGGCCGCUCGUUCAUGUCCCUGAGGGGUUUGCGCUCACAUCAGCGCAGCCACGCAGCGCUGGCGGCCAUGGGGAAACUGGACAAACUGUCUUCCUCACUAAUGAAGCACAACAUAGAUGAAUACGUUGCUUACAAACCUGGGACCCUCCGACCGUUCCUCUGCAAUUUCUGUACCUUUCGGACGACCGUCUUUGGCCUGUGGAGGAGUCAUUUCAUCCGAAAACAUCAAGAUGUGUAUAUGAAUGAUGUGGAGACUGAAAACGAAGACGAGGAGAACUCGCAGAGAAACAACCAAGAUCCUCCUCCAUUGUCAGAGGAAAACAGCAAUUUGCCCGAACCUGACGAAGAAGUUGAAAUAACUGAAAGAUCGAUGUACCUGGAGCCUCCAGAUGUGCAGCGGCAGCUGAACCACUACAGCUUGAUGGCGCAGACUGGACGUGCAGCCAGAGCCGAGCGGCAUGAAACCAAGUUACCAGAGAGCUGUUUGCUCCACUGUGAGCUCUGCAGCUUCAGCACUGGACACGUUUCAAGUGUGCGACGACAUUACUUAAACCGCCACGGGAAGAAGAUCCUCAAGUGUAAGGACUGUGAGUUCUUCACUUGGUCAAAGAAAACCCUUGAGAUGCACAUGGAGGCCGGUCACUCUACAUUUCAGUCCGAGCCGACUCAUCUGAGGGACCUGCGCUGCCCGCUCUGCCUCUACCAGACCAGGAACAAGAAUAACAUGAUUGAUCACAUCGUCCUACAUCGUGAGGAGCGUGUCGUGCCGAUAGAGGUGCGUCGCCCGAAGCUGUCCCGCUACCUGCAGGGCAUCGUCUUCCGCUGUCACAAAUGCACGUUCUCCUGCGGCAGUGCUGAGAACCUGCGCUUGCACAUAACGAAGCACGAUGACGUCAAACCCUACAAGUGUCGGCUGUGCUACUUCGACUGCACUCUGCUGAGCGACCUAGAGGCGCACCUGAGCGAUAAGCAUCAGGUUGAGAGGAACCAUGAGCUUGUGGGUCAGGUCAGCCUUGAUCAGCUAGAGGCACAGGAUGGUAGGAUAGAAGAAGAGGAAGAAGAGGAGAAGGAGGACCCGUUAUCAAACUCCGAGCAGCACAACAGCACGAGAGAGGAUGUGAAGAUCAGGUUGGUCUCAGGCUGCAAGGAAGUAAAACAUGAAACCCUGGUUGCGGACCCGGCAGAAGAUAACCUUCCGAAGCAAGUUACAGAACAGUUGAAGGAAGCAUGUCUGAAGCAUGACCAGGAGACUGCAAGGGAACAGACGAUCAAACCUACAGUGGAACAGAAUGUCACCAAAGGAAACAGCUCAGAGUCUGAGGAAAGCGACGGUUCAGAGAGAGAGAGGCAGACUAAUGAGAACCAAGCCCAACUCAAAGUGAGAGGUAGUGAGGACAACAGCGCAAUGUCCCCAGGCCAAAGAGAGGAGGCAGCCGAGAGAGACUCUGCAACAUGUGAUGAGAUGGUGGAUAAAAAAGAGUCCAAGUUAAGUUUAAGGACGCUGCAGCACAGAAAGUCAGCCAUUGAGUCGAGAGCAGAAGAUAAAAUACUGCGUCACAUCCUGGUGUUGGAUGAGGACGGCAGCCUCCACAAGACGCACAACAAGGGAGAGCCCGAGAGGAGGGUUAAGAAAGAGCAGAGCAGGGAGACCAAGGUUCUAGAUAAUGUUCUGAGUGAGCUGCUGGACGAGGAGUGUAAAAUGUCUUUGGCCCAUGAAAUGACAACUAAAUAUGAUUCAGAGGAAAAGAAAAGUCACAUGCAGGGAAAUAACCUCAGGACUCGGGAGGAUUUAAAUUGUGGAAGUCCUUCCCGAACGCCUCUUCCAGUCUGUGUCCAGCUGAACGAGGAGAGCUCAGGUUUGUCAUUAACAAACUGCAAAGAGGAACUAGUGAGCCAACAGGAACACGUUGAGGAGCCAUCGGACCCGUACGGAGACAUGCCAGUGCUUGAGAAUGAAUAUCUGAAGGAGACAUCGCACCCGCAAGACUGCUGCAAGGAGGAAGAAGAGGAUGAGCUCGAGCAGCCGGACAAAGGCGAUGAAGCGAUGACUGAAGAUGACGAGAGCGGAUGCAAAGAUCGGGAACAUGAGGAGGGCGACGGGACGGAGGAGGCCAACAGUCCACGUGUGGGAAAAAGUGGGGUCACAGCGGCAGGCGGAGCUUCUGAAGUCCCGCGUCCCUCAGUCACAGAAAAUAAACUUUUUACUUGUGAACUUUGUGGACGAAACCUUGUGAGCGGUUCGGACUUGAAGCGUCACAUUAUGAGACAUGGAAUGUAACCGUUUUCAUGAUGUUGCGGACGUCAAGACUCAGCAUCCACUGUGGAUUUUUGAUUUUGUUAGUGUUGACUGUCCUGUCCCCUACCUUUACCAUGUAUUUGUAAACAACUUGUUAACCUUAAUUUUUCAUGU